AUGUCCUGUCAACACUCUGCCGGCGACGGCCUCACCCCAGCCAAAGCAGCCUACGAAACAGCCACCACAUCAUCCAUGUCCUUCACCCCCAUCAACCAGAUCCAUCAACAUCUCUGCGGCCUCCACAUCUACGCCGACGACCCCCUCCGGCCCGUGCGCGCCCAUCACUAUUGUACGCAUUUGAGGAAAGAUCUGCAUCAGUGUGUUAUUUAUGAUGGUGAUGGGCCGGGGGCGCGGCUUAUUGGCGUGGAGUAUCUGAUACCAAAAGAGUCUUUCCAAGCCCUACCCUCAGAAGAGAAAAAGUAUUGGCAUUCCCAUAAAUACGAAGUCGACUCGGGCAUGCUCGUCCUCGGUACAAAGUCGCUCGUCCCCGAUGCAGUCACGGAUAUAGCCGAACAGCCCGCUAUGAUGGAGUUACAUACGACGUAUGGCAAGACGACGCACACUUGGCAAUACGAUAUCCACCCAAACCUCCCCCUCGGCCCCCCAGCGCUAAUGAUGGCGUAUACCGACGAUGCCCAACUUGCUUUGGGAGGAGGGAAGGGGCAGGAGGCUUUGGAUGCGAGGGAUAAGGAUCUGGGAAUAUCAACACCCGCGAAACGUCAAGUUCGACAGAACUACCUUGCGAAGGAGGAUUUGGAAAGAGAGCCGGUAGAGGGGUGUGAUGUGGUUUGGAAAGGCAAGUUGGGGAAUUGGAAGUUUGUCGAGAAGGAAUGA